UAUCGAUGGCCGAAUAGAAAAGGAGGAGCCGCAGACAGGGGAGAGCCGAGUCCCCUUCCACCCUUUUCUCCCUUUCCCAUCCCCAUCUCUCCUCCAUCCUCCGCCGCAGACCCCCAUCCGCCGCCGCCGUCGACACUCCUCGUGAAUCUCUCCUUCUUCCGUGUAGUUGGGGAGGCAUGGCGCUCCGGAGGUUGCUUCAGGGGAGCGUUCUACCGCGGAUGACAGGCCGGGCUGCUGCGGCUCCCUUCUCCACGGAGGCCGGGGAGACUAUCCGCGCAACGCUCUUUCCCGGUGAUGGCAUCGGGCCUGAGAUCGCCGAGUCGGUCAAGCAGGUAUUCAAUGUUGCAGGUGUACCAAUAGAAUGGGAAGAACAUUAUGUUGGUACGGAAGUUGAUCCCAGAACAGAGAGCUUUUUAACAUGGGAGAGCCUGGAGUCAGUGCGCAGGAACAAAGUUGGCCUGAAAGGUCCUAUGGCUACACCUAUCGGAAAAGGCCACCGAUCUUUGAAUCUCACUUUAAGGAAAGAACUUGGACUUUACGCCAAUGUCAGACCUUGCAACAGCCUCCCUGGCUACAAGACUAGAUAUGAUGAUGUGAACCUUGUGACGAUUCGUGAAAAUACUGAAGGAGAGUACAGUGGCCUUGAGCAUCAGGUCGUGAGGGGUGUUGUGGAAAGUUUGAAAAUUAUUACCCGCCAGGCAAGUUUAAGAGUGGCAGAGUAUGCUUUCCAUUAUGCCAAGGCCAAUGGCCGGGAGAGGGUCUCUGCGAUACAUAAAGCCAAUAUCAUGAGGAAAACUGAUGGACUUUUCCUCAAGUGUUGCCGUGAAGUUGCUGAGAAGUACCCUGAAAUCACGUACGAGGAAGUCAUUAUUGACAAUUGCUGUAUGACGCUCGUGAAGAACCCUGGUACAUUUGAUGUAUUAGUGAUGCCGAACCUUUAUGGCGACAUUAUUAGUGAUCUAUGUGCUGGCUUGAUCGGAGGCUUGGGCCUAACUCCCAGCUGCAACAUUGGUGAAGGUGGCAUUUGUCUGGCAGAGGCUGUUCAUGGUUCUGCACCUGAUAUCUCUGGCAUGAACCUUGCGAACCCAACUGCUCUUAUGCUAAGUGCUGUUAUGAUGCUACGUCACUUGGGAUUCGACGACAAAGCAGACCGGAUCCACAACGCGAUCCUCCAGACCAUCUCGGAGGGGAAGUACAGGACUGCUGACCUUGGUGGGAAGUCAUCCACAUCAGACUACACAAAAGCAGUUUGCGAUCAUAUCUAAGUACCAGCUGCAGUUCUUCUCUUGAUUAUUUUUCUCCCCCAUAAUUUUGUUGCGUGUCAAGAGGUUGCUUUAGCUUCAAUAGGUUAUGUCGCGGGCACCUCGUGCCUCUUUGGGCAUUAACACGGUUUAAGACCGUCAAAUAAUCAUCACAUUCUUGCUCUUGGAAAAGUUUUACCAGCAUUGCAGUCAAGCUGAAGAAUCAUCUGUAAUAAUCAAUCAUUGACAGCAUCAUAGCAGCGGAUAGAAAUUGUUCAUUCUGAGUUCAAUCUUCUUUUGCUUUUGGUCAAUUGUACAUCUUAUCGAUAUAACCAAUGCGGCCAAGAUGAGUGAAAUAACACUUGCGCAUUGUGCGUGGCUUAGAUGCAUGUGAUUUAUUUAAGAUUUCA